AUGCUGUGGUGGCUGCUCAAACGAGCAUCUAAACUGGACUUAAACAACAAGAAAGUAAACAUUGUAUUGAGAAAGACAAGAGCUAUGGCAACAACAAGAUCAAAUGGUAAUGAUCUGUUCAAGGCAGCAAAAUUUUCCAAAGCAUCUGUUUCAUAUGGUGAAAGUCUCAGCCAUGACCCCAGAAACGCCGUCUUACUAUGCAACUGUGCUACCUGCCGCUCCAAACUUGGCCAAUAUGAAAAUGCAGUUGAGGAUUGUAAUGCUGGGCUAAGUGUUCGUCAAUCUUAUAGUAAGGCUAGAUUUAAGAAGAGAGGAAUGCUACGCCAAGGUGAUCACUUCUCUACCCAACAAUUCAACAUCGGUUAA